CGCCCGGCACCGCCGGCUGCAUAUUUAGAACCGCACACUUCCCGGCUUGAGGUGUCGAGCGCAGGCUGGAGAUGGCCAGAAAACACUUCUUUCCUAGUCUGAGCGCUGCGCUGCUGGCCGGCCAGUUCCUCUGCGUCCUUGCAAAGCCUUGGACCCGAAGCACAGCCUCGCCCAUAUUGUCUGCGCCAAAUCACAUUGUUCCCGACUAUGUGACAAAAUACGCGCCGCUUGUGUGGCUACACUCAGAUGAUCCUUUCCGGCCAUCAGAUCUGCUCGAACACAUUCGUCACACAACUCCUGCAGUCAACCAGAGCUUUGUCCCCGAUCUGCCAGAACUGAACCUCGAUAACCUCGCCCUCCUCAACAAUAUUAGUAGUGAAACAGUCGCUCUGACCUCCAAUGACGAUGUUACAACUCUGCCGGCAUGGCUCUACGGCCAUGAUCCCGACGAAUCCGGGAAGAUUGCAAAUGCAACGCCUUGUGUUGUGAUCCUCGUCGAACGAAGUCCCCGAGACGUUGACGCCUUUUUCUUCUAUUUUUACUCAUACGAUCGAGGCGCAAAUAUCACGCAGGUGGUGGAACCUCUAAACCGCCUGAUAGAAGAUACUGAGCAUGGGAUGCAUUUUGGAGACCACGUCGGUGACUGGGAACACAACAUGAUACGAUUCCGCGAUAGCAAGCCCACUGGUAUCUACUACAGCCAGCAUGCCGGUGGUGCUGCUUAUGACUGGAACGAUAUGACACUUUCUAUGAAAAGUGGGCGGCCUCUUGUGUUCAGCGCAUACGGAUCGCACGCGAAUUACGCUACUUCUGGCGAUCACAUCCAUGAUUCGGCCUUGAUCGACUAUUGUGAUGCCGGCAAACUGUGGGAUCCAGCCCUCUCGGCAUACUUCUAUCACCUUGACCCAGCCAAUUUUAGACUAACGCGCCUGUUUACCUCGAUAUCCAACACCACGGUUGCGUCCAACAUGACAUCCUUCUUCUACUACACCGGCAUGUGGGGCGAUGCCCAAUAUCCGGAUUCUGAUGAUCGACAAAAGACAGUUCCAAAGUUUGGUCUAAAGCGAUUUGUAUCUGGCCCACAAGGCCCCAUUGUCAAAAAUCUCGUACGAAAAGGACUUAUGCCCGACGAACGUGAAAAGAAAACGUGGAUGCAGUGGGGUGUUGGCAUUUUCAUGUCAUGGUACCCGUGCUGUAUACGAGGGUACAGAGUCUGGGUGUCUGUCGCAGUGAUUAUAGGAUUUAUAAUCUUGACCGUGUUUGGAGUAAGGCAUGGAGUGAAGAAGUACAGGAGGACGAAGGGAUACCAAAAACUAGACACAGAGAUUCCAUUACGCGACAUGAACCAUAACAGUGAGGACGAUGCUGGCUUGCAUCGCAACCAAUCCAACUAGAAGGAAUAGAUUAAAGAACAAUAUGAUAAAAACAUUCGAUAUCUGUUAUAUGGC